GGGCGGCGCCGUGCGCGGGGGCCGUCGCCAAUGGCGGCCGGCGGAGGAGGGCGGGGGGGCGGCUGACGGGAGCCGCUGCCGCCGCCGCCGGUCGCGCCCAUUCAUCGCCUCGGCCUCGGCCUCGGCUUCGGCCCGCUGCGGGGCUCCGCGGCGCCAUGGAGGCGCUGAUCCCCGUCAUCAACAAGCUGCAGGACGUCUUCAACACGGUGGGGGCCGACAUCAUCCAGCUGCCGCAGAUCGUGGUGGUGGGCACGCAGAGCAGUGGAAAGAGUUCUGUGUUGGAAAGUCUUGUGGGGAGAGAUCUGCUCCCACGAGGUACCGGCGUUGUCACCCGAAGACCCCUUAUUCUGCAGCUGGUGCAUGUUUCCCCAGAGGAUGGUCGGAAAACAGCUGGAGAUGAAAACGACCCUGCUACAUGGAAAAAUCCAAGACACCUUACUAAAGAGAUAGAUGCUGAAGAAUGGGGUAAAUUUCUUCACACCAAAAACAAGAUCUAUACAGAUUUUGAUGAAAUUCGUCAGGAAAUAGAAAAUGAAACAGAGAGGAUUUCAGGAAAUAAUAAGGGAAUCAGUCCUGAACCUAUUCAUCUUAAAAUUUUUUCAUCCAAUGUUGUAAAUCUGACUCUUGUAGAUUUACCAGGAAUGACAAAGGUGCCUGUUGGUGAUCAGCCUAAGGAUAUUGAACUUCAAAUAAGAGAGCUAAUACUUCAAUUCAUCAGCAACCCAAAUUCAAUUAUUCUGGCAGUUACAGCAGCUAACACAGACAUGGCCACUUCAGAAGCACUUAAAAUUGCACGGGAGGUGGAUCCAGAUGGUCGAAGAACCCUUGCUGUUAUCACAAAGCUGGAUCUCAUGGAUGCUGGCACUGAUGCUAUGGAUGUGCUUAUGGGAAGAGUGAUUCCAGUAAAACUUGGCAUCAUUGGAGUGGUGAACAGGAGUCAGUUGGAUAUUAACAAUAAGAAGAGUGUAGCUGAUUCUAUCCGUGAUGAGUAUGGUUUUCUUCAAAAGAAGUAUCCUUCCCUAGCUAAUCGAAAUGGAACUAAGUAUCUUGCUAGAACACUGAACAGACUACUAAUGCAUCAUAUCAGGGAUUGCUUGCCAGAACUGAAAACCAGAAUCAAUGUUUUAGCUGCUCAAUACCAGUCUCUGCUAAACAGCUAUGGGGAACCUGUUGAGGACAAAAGUGCCACUUUAUUGCAGCUUAUUACCAAAUUUGCCACAGAAUAUUGUAAUACUAUUGAAGGAACAGCAAAAUACAUAGAGACUUCUGAGCUAUGUGGUGGAGCCAGAAUCUGUUACAUUUUUCAUGAGACCUUUGGAAGAACCUUAGAAUCUGUUGAUCCUCUAGGUGGCCUUAACACAAUUGAUAUUCUGACUGCCAUUAGAAAUGCUACUGGUCCCCGUCCUGCCUUGUUUGUUCCUGAAGUUUCAUUUGAAUUGCUGGUUAAAAGGCAAAUCAAACGUUUAGAAGAGCCUAGCUUGCGUUGUGUGGAGCUGGUUCAUGAAGAAAUGCAGAGGAUUAUCCAACAUUGUAGUAAUUACAGUACACAGGAAUUAUUGAGGUUUCCUAAAUUGCAUGAUGCCAUAGUUGAAGUAGUAACUUGUCUUCUGCGUAGAAGACUUCCUGUCACGAAUGAAAUGGUUCAUAAUUUAGUGGCUAUUGAAUUAGCCUAUAUUAAUACCAAACACCCAGAUUUUGCUGAUGCCUGUGGGUUAAUGAAUAACAACAUCGAGUAUCUUCCUGAACAGGACAUUGAAAUGUUUGAAGAAACAGAGCAUGAACAAAGACGUAACAGGUUAGCCCGGGAAUUGCCUUCUGCUGUGCCACGAGACAAGUCUACUAAAGCUCCAGGUGCAUUGACACCUGCUUCCCAGGAGACUGUUACUGCUGCUUCUGCUGAGGCUGAUGGCAAGGCUGCUCCUGCAGCAGGAGAUGUGUCCCAGGAGUCUGGAACAGGCAACUGGAGAGGAAUGCUUAAAACCUCAAAAGCGGAAGAGGCAUCAGCAGAGGAAAAAUCGAAACCAGCUGCAGCCCUUCCUGCUAGUCCUCAGAAAGGACAUGCUGUAAACCUACUAGAUGUGCCUGUACCUGUUGCACGCAAACUUUCUGCCCGUGAGCAACGAGAUUGUGAAGUGAUUGAACGACUGAUUAAAUCUUACUUCCUUAUUGUUAGAAAGAACAUUCAGGACAGUGUGCCAAAGGCAGUGAUGCAUUUUCUGGUGAACCACGUGAAAGACACUCUUCAGAGUGAGUUGGUAGGCCAGCUGUAUAAAUCCUUGCUGUUGGAUGACCUUCUGACGGAGUCUGAAGACAUGGCACAGCGCAGGAAAGAGGCAGCUGAUAUGCUAAAGGCCCUGCAGCGAGCCAGUCAAAUCAUUGCAGAGAUACGGGAGACACAUCUUUGGUGAAGACUGUACCAGCCACACUAUUUAUAUGCAUUGGAGGUUACAUUGACUUGAAAAUUGCUAGGCAUGGUAUACGGAAUAGAAUUUUUAUUUAUGAACUCUUAUCUGUGUACUGCAACUGUGUAAAUCUGCUCAUGUAAAGACAGUUGGUUUGAUUUGCAAACAGAAAAAUAUGCUGUAUUUUGCAAAGUAAGUCAUAUUUAAUCCACAUAAUAAAUGGCUCUAAAUGUUUCCUUACCAGCUUUCUGGUGCAAAUUAAAGCAGACCAAGUCUUACUGUCUCAAUGACAGGCUCAUUUGAACUUGGGGAAAAAACAUUAAAGUUCCAGUGCCUGACUUGCUGAACAGGUUGCCUGUGGUUAAGAUGGACAGUGUAGUCUUGUGGCAUAGUUUUAAGCUGCUUUUACAGUAGAGGUUUAAAUACUGUGAAGAGAAGAGAGCACCAUGUAUUUUCUUUCAUGAAUAUAUUGCAUGCACUAUGGCAGAUGGAGGUGUCAAUUUUAUAGCACAGUAGAGAUGUCUACCGUAUCGCUACGUAUGUGUGUCCCCAUUUUUUUCUCAAAUGUUGAAACUGCAGACAAAAUUUUGAUCUUCAUUUAAUGGAGUAUCAUGUUGGAUGAAUUAGCCUGGAGCUUGUGAACAAGUAACAGCCUACUACUAAAAAGUGGGUGCAAAGUUGUCGAUGUGCACUGGAGCUUGUGUAUAAAUGUUGGGGUUUAAAAUCAGGUACAAGACCACCUUCCCCUUCCUCCCCGCCCCGGGACCAAGCCCCUGGACCAUCCAAUAGUAAAUUUGUUCUGGCAGAGCUGAAAAAAAAUAAAAAUGGAUUUCAAAACUGUUACGGGAUAGUGUUUCUUUCAAAAACAGAUUAAGUUGGCCAGGGAGAAGGGGAUCCCCACAACUGUUUCCAGACUUUAGAAGGUAUGACAGCAUGAAAGGAAGUCUGUAGGAUUGGAAUAUUUAUACUAGAGAUUUCACUUGCUUUUGAAGAAAUUUUACUGUGCUAUAAGUAGCUUUUUUAUUUUUUUGAGGACAAUCAAAUUAGGAAGUAAGUUGAAGUUAAGUUGAUGAGUUAUUUUCUUCUGAUUGUAAUUCAUACAGAUAAAUAUUGUUCUCACUAACCUUUAAAGAGUAAGCAUUUUAAUUUUUAUGAAUAAAAAUUUAUUUAAAUUCCAGCCAGCACACUUGCAUGUACUUUUCAAACAGAUUUACUUUUUUUGUAUGAAGUUAAAAAAUGUGUACUGUGGUAUUGCUGAUAUUUUAUCUUUAACACAACUUGCAUGUGAAAAAUAAGACACUGUUGUUAACAGCCA